AAACCCUCCCUCCUCCCGUCCCCUUCCCUCCCCCCAUCUUCCACGGCGGCGCCGCCCCGACCUCCGACCUCCGAAGCCGACGCCGCCCUGACCCUCCCCGAAAUUCUGAUGCGGAUUCGCAAGCCUGUGCUGUCGUCUCCGUAAGCUGAUUAAGGAGGCUCGGUCCAUGAAGUGCGGUUUCUGCGUGGAUUCUUCCUUGCUCGAAUGGCGCGGCCGGUGUGAGGAGGAGGAGGAGGAGGGGGUUUGUGUCCCUCGUCUAUGCGCCGCGCGGUGCCGGGGUGUCUGUGUCGAGCCCUUCUGAACAGACGUCCACCCUUGGAGCCACGCCUCUCUUCUGUGGCCUGUCGCGUGAAGAGCUUGGACGAUGAGGAGGAGCCCAGUCACAGUCAGCCCUCCGUUUGCAGUGAGGGUAGACGCGGGUGUUUUCUUCCUGUGAUCGCGCGGGCAGUCCGGACAUUAAGCUGGGAUGAUGCCACCAGGAAGAUCAGCUUCGGGGAGUGUGUCAGGCUGUAUGGGCUACCCCGGUCGAUCGGGCUGUUUGUGUUGCUUAUGCAGUCGUUCCUGCCACGGAGGAUUAGAGAGGUCCGCUGCCUGAUCCAGAGUGUUGUCGACCACCACGGGAAUGCCGGGAUGGAGUUGUUUGAGUUGGCGCCCUUGUUGGCUAGCAAUUUGGGUGGGUCGAUGACGUUGCUACAAGUUUAUGCCACAAUCAUCCGGGUUUUUGUGGAGCUGUCCAUGUUUGAGGAUGCUCUCCUCACUUAUGUCGAGGCCAAGAAGGUUGGAGUUGAGCUGCAAGUAUGCAACUUCUUGCUGAAGCGCUUGGUUGAGCGGAAUCAGACCAUGUAUGCAAGGAGUUUGUUUCAAGAUAUGAAGAGUUCUGGUCCUUCACCAAAUGUCUACUCUUAUUCAGUUUUGAUGAGUAUGUAUACACAUGGAGCCAAGUUAUGCCCGGAGGAAGCUCUAGAGCUUCUUUCUGAAAUGGAAGUGGAAGGUGUGAGGCCAAAUGCUGCAACCUAUGCUACUUACCUCUACGGGCUUUGCCGUGCCAAACAGGUGAAAUCUGCAUGGAACUUCCUCCAAAUGAUGUGCCAGAGAGGCUACCCUUGCAACAGCUAUUGUUUUAAUGCAGUUAUUCAUGGUUUCUGCCAUGAUGGUCAGGUUCACAAAGCCAUAGAAGUGUUUGAUGGGAUGAAGAAGUGUGGGUUUGCCCCAGAUGUUCACAGCUACAGCAUAUUAGUUGAUGGCUUAUGCAAACAAGGGGAUGUAUUGACAGGUUAUUACAUGCUCGUUGAGAUGGCAAGGAAUGGAAUCACUCCUACUCUGGUGAGUUAUAGUUCGCUUUUGCAUGGUCUUUGCAGAGCUGGAAGGGUUGAAUUGGCUUUCGAGCUUUUUAAGAGGCUGAAAGAUCAAGGAUUCAAGCAUGACCACCUAGUUUACAGCAUCGUUCUUCAUGGUUGUUGUCAACAUCUAGAUCUAGAGAUUUGCUAUGACCUUUGGAAUGACAUGGUUCAUCAUAAUUUUGUUCCAGAUGCUUACAAUUACAGUAGCCUGAUAUAUGCAUACUGUAGGCAUAGGAAACUUAAAGAAGCAUUGGAGGUGUUUGAGCUCAUGCUCAGUGAUGGGAUAUGCCCCAACAUUGUGACCUGCACAAUUCUUGUUCACGGCUUCAGCAACGAAGGGCUGAUUGGUGAGGCCUUCCUGUUCCUGGAUAAAGUACGCCAGUUUGGGAUCGUCCCCAACCUUUGCACGUACAGAGUUAUCAUCAACGGUCUGUGCAAGGUCAACAAACCUGAUGACGUGUGGGGUAUUUUCGCAGACAUGAUUAAAAGGGGCUACGUUCCUGAUACUGUCCUUUACAGUAUUAUUAUCGAUGGUUUUGUGAAAGCUUUGGAUCUGCAUGAGGCCUUCAGGCUGUAUUACAAAAUGCUUGAUGAGGGGACAAAGCCUAAUAUCUUUACAUACACUAGCCUCAUAAAAGGUUUGUGCCAUGACGAUAAGCUUCCUGAAGCUAUGACGUUGCUUAAGCAUAUGAUUGGGGAGGGGCUGACGCCCGACAGAAUUCUGUAUACGUCUCUGAUUGCGUGCUACUGUAAGCGUUCAAACAUGAAGGCGGCUCUGCAAGUCUUUAGAGAGAUGGAAACAGAGGGUUUGUCGGCGGAUUCUUUCGUCUACACUUGUUUGAUUGGUGGCUUCAGUAAAGUGCCCGCGAUGGACGGUGCACAGUUGUUUAUGGAAGAAAUGAUAAGCAAGGGGCUUACACCUACUGUGGUAACUUAUACGGACCUCAUAAUUGGAUACUUCAAAAUUGGAGAUGAGAAAAAAGCUAUGGUGAUGUACAACAGUAUGCUCGAGGCAGGCAUUACACCAGAUGCCAAGCUGACCUGUAUAUUGGGCUUCGAUAAUGAUGGGCAUGCUUUUGGCAAUUCUCAGGAAGAAAAGGAUGUAUCAUAGUCACAGGUUUCACACAGCUACAGCUACAGUAACAUGAUCAAUAGAAUUAUUCCAUAAGUGAUAAGCUCAUGUAUUGUGGCAUCAAGUAUUAGUUCCAUUUCUUUCCUCUAUUUCUGUCGCUGCCAUCAUUUGGACAAGGGAGGGAAAGUAAUGGGCCAAAAGAAAAAUUCAAUUUGAUGGUGUAAUCCUGUUGAAUACAUGGAGGGUGUGAUAAUUACAGGCCCUCUUUUCUGCUAGGUACAAGAUUUGUGAUUGAUUUCGACAAAUUUCUCUUCAAGGUUAGGUGUUCUGCUGGAAAAGCGAAAGCUAUUUAGUGUAUUUUUUGGAAGAUACUCGGUAAGAUAGAUGAAGAGGAUGGCAAUCAAAGCUUCUGUCAUGUGGAACAAGCUUUUUGGUUCAGCAGACUUUCGGUCAUGUAGCCUCUCGAACUGUGGAUACUGAAAGUUCAGUUAGUGUGCAGGUUUCAGAAUGUGAAGAUGCCGAGACAGUGCAUCUGAUUUAAAGGAACAUUUGGUGCCGCAGAUAACUGUUGAUCCAGAUACCCACCCUUUUGAUGAAACGCUCCAGAUACCACCCUUCUGUUGAAAUGCUUCAGCCUGUGGAUGGAUUCAUUAAUGCAAGUAACCAGGGAAGAAGGGGCGUUAGCUGGGGCUAUCCAUGUCGGGUCCUUCGCGAGGAGAAGAGGGAGGGAGGAGCAUCAAGGGAGAUUCGUCCUGCUCCAAUACCAAGGAAGCCACGCCCACACCAUCACAUACAAACAUUUUUCUUCCCCACCCAUGCAACCUGCUUGUCUCUCGCUCAAGCGAGGACCGUGGUUGGCACUUGCUCACUCAUGGCUGCCCAGCCACAACCUGCCCGUCUUCAGUCUUGGUGGUGUCGUUCUAGCAGAUGCCUUGCCACAAUUGCCUAGCACCCUCAAGGACCAGGAAGGCAGCCGGGUGGAGACAGGGGCAUUCUCCUUAACCGCAGCUUUCGCCUCCUGCACUUUAUAGGUGCUGCUGUCGACAUUGCUCCUUAUCUUCCCCUCGGGAGGUAUGGACAGAUGGUGAUAUUGUUUGCUUAGGUUUCCUUCAAACUGGUGCUCAACUAGACAAGCCCGAGGUCUGACUAGGGGUGCAGAGCGAGCGGCGCCUGAUCCACCCCGCUCCACAAGUCAAAAUCCAUGGUGUUAGUUAUAACUUUCCAGCUGAGAUUUAGCUUAGUUUGAACUAAUUUCAUAGUUAUGCAGGAUGCUCGCUCGCACCCCUAGGUCUAACCAAGCUAGCUAUAAUGAGUGGCCAUUUCUUCAAAUAAGCAAAUUAUCUGAAUCUCUUAUCUUUUCUUUAGUGAUAUGCUUGAAGACAUUUGUUGAUAAGGCAAAUGUGGAUUUUUGUAAUCUUCGUCUUGAUUGUUAAGCUUCAUGCACUAGCCAACGAAA